CGCACACGCCCCAGGAGCAGUUUAGCUUCUCCUGCUGCUGCUUUCCGCUCCCAUGCUCGCUCCGUCCGCGGUUGGGGUAGGGAGGGAGAGACUAGAGAGGAUGCGGCGAGAGCAAGAAGAAAGGUCUCGGCUUCAUCAUCGCCACCCUCCCAUCCUCGUCGGCGCCACGGUGGAGAAGAGGGGUUCUUCUUGAGACUUUUUUGCUUUUGGAGUCUAGUCGUUGCGGCUGCUUCAAUCGGAGCGUCGGAGGGAGCUUUCUUCACCGCCCAAAUCGAUCCGGAAUUCGACCUUUUUUCCGGCGGCAAAACCCCUUUUCAGCUCGGCGGCGGCAGCGGCGGCGGCCGAUCGGUGGCUUGUGCAGCGCAAGAUCGCGUUUUUUUUUCCGAUUGGGCAGGGCGUGCUCCUGGUGGAGUUUCUUGGGAGCCGUCUCUCGUUCCGGAUCCGUGGUGGUCGUCGACUUGUUUGGAUCCAGUUCUUGGUAUCCCGGGCGAAAUCUGAUUCUUGGAGAGCGGCGGUGUGCGGUUGUUUCGGGUGGUGGAUGGCGUCGGCGUUUGAUGUUGUGGAUAUCAGCUCCGACGAGGAAGGGCUUGCGGCGACCAAGAAGGCGCCCGUCGAUUCCCUUGGGUGGAUUGCGGACCUUCUUGGCGAGGAGGAGAGGGCGAUUUCGGAUGACUUUGAUGACCUCGAGGUGAUGGGUGAGCUGUCGGCGCCGCCGAUGGCGCAGCAGAAGAAGAGCAAGCCUGGUUGCGGCGAGGAGGAAGACGACGACGACUGCGUGGUCCUAGAUGGUGACCCUGAUGACGUGGUUGCCGCCGUCGCGGGGGAGAAGGGGAGUGAGGGAGAUGGAAGCUCCGAUGAAUUGCAGAUCGUUGCGGAGAAAGGACCGGUAGCAUGCAGGGACUUCCCUCAUUCCCGCCAUUUAUGUUCUAACUUGCCCUUCGGCACCACUUCUCACGUGAAGUAUUGUAGCAUGUGCCACUGUUAUGUAUGUGACACUCCAGCCCCAUGCAAUUAUUGGGGUAAGGGCACCGAGAUAAUUGAUCAUUGUCAUGCUACAGAUAAGGAAAAAAAGUGGAAAACACUGAGACAAACAUUCAAGAGCAAAAGUCUGCCAACAUCUCAUCCAGAAAAGCGCCAGAAUGUUGUAUACCCAACAAUGACGUCACCUGGACAGCAAGAUACAAACUGUGAAAUACCACUUGCACAAUCACAUCCGACUUAUUUUGCUGACCAAAGUAAUCUUGUGGAUGUUGUAAACCAGGGCUUAAACCAAACAAGACAUACCUCAGCAAGAGUCUCACCGAGUGUAGGGAGAACUGUCAAUUCAGCAAGAGCUUCUCCUGCAACUAGGGCUGGAAAAGGUAAUCCUCUGACUGUUCAGAUUACUCAAUCACGCACAAGAUUCAAAAGAGUAGGGGCUACCUCUCCAGGCUUGGCAACUCUAAAUGAUAACCAGUUUGGUUCUACUGCUCAAAACAAUACCCUGUUGCAUCAGCCAUCAUCGCCACAUGCAUCCCAGCCAGUUCAAGUUGCGCCAAGAGCUUUGUUUGGUGCUGUUCAGAAAAAUCCACCUCAGAGAUCGCUAAGUGCUCCAAUAGCAUUUCAAGGGCAACAAGAUCAGUCAGCAUCAUCCUAUCAGGCUGCUGCAAAUGGAACGCAUGUUACAGGACCACAAUUUCCUCGGUGCACCUCUCUUACAGCUCAGAGAACACAAUUCCUGCCUGAGCCAGCUAUGGAUGUUUUCGGUAAAAGCUGGCAAGACAUAUUUGAUGGCCUAGCAACUGAUCUGGGGGUACCAGAUUACAAUAUGGGCACCGGUGAGUUGCAGCAGCCAGUCAGGACGACUUCCCAACCUCUGGAUUCUGCCUUCCAGGGGGUAGGUCUUCAUAGUGAGCCUGUUCCAGCAAUGGCAAACGUGAUGCCUUCUAAUGGGCAGAGCGUGUCCAAUGGCAUGACAGGCAGCAAUGGUCCUACACAAACAACGCAAAUUCUGCCUCAUCUGACUCACCAGCCUAGUCUUAUUUCCGAUGAAGCUCAUCUUAAUAAUUAUGUAAGUUCCCCUGCGAAUGGAUUAACAAUAAAAGCUGCUCAUCUGAGAGAUGCGCAAGGAUCUGAUUCUCUAGAUUUUCUAUUUGACUUUGAGUUUGAGGAUUGGGAUUCAGCAGAGCCAUGACAAACAACCUUUGUAUUUCUGAACCUCAUGGACAAUAAAUCCGGCGUUACCGACAAGCUGGUUCGUUGGCUUCCUUCCUAGGAAGAGGAAGAGAUGUUUCUUGUACAUUCUCUGUAGGUUCGGUGGUAGAAAUGUAUAUUUUCUUUCCUUGGAUGGUUGUUUACAGUAGCGGCUAUACAGGCCUUUUAGCCCUUCGAUGUUAACAGUUAUCGCACUGAAAUAGUAGGGAUGAAGUUCAAUUCCCUAACUGUUGUUGAUUAUCAAUUUAUAUGAUCCAUAAUCCAAUGCCAGAAUGCAUGUUUCAGGUAGCACUGAAGCAAUUUCUUCUGAGCAUUGGUGUGGAUUGGCUCUAGUAACUGCUGAUCCAGGGAAGCAAUAUAUAGUUUUGCUUGAUAAUGGCAAAAAGAGUGAUCUUCUCUUGAAAAGCCUUAA